AUGGCAACCAAAAUCGAUUCAUCUGCAAAAUUUAUCGAUAGAUUCGUCGAUUUGGGCUCGUGGAUUAUGGUCUGUCAAAAGUAUCUGGACGUGAAAAAAAUUUACAACUCAAUUCUGGAGGUUUUGUUAGCUUGCGCCAGUAGCUGCUUCCCAGCGAUAGACUCGUUCACCGACGACGAAGACGACGAUACACAAACAAAACAAAAUAAGAUUAAACAAAACUGA